GGAGACCCUGGAGCAGAGCGGGCAGCAGCCCACGCUCAGGACCUGCCCGCGAUGGAGCCAGGAGGGUGCAGCUUGGCCCGGAGGCUGGGGUGCCGGCUCUGGAUGGCCAUCAGCAAGGCGCUGUUCGCCGAGUUCCUGGCCACGGGGCUGUACGUGUUCUUCGGCGUGGGCUCGGCCAUGCACUGGCCCUCGGCGCGUCCCUCUGUGCUGCAGAUCGCCAUCACCUUCAACCUGGCCACGGCCAUGGUGGUGCAGGUGACCUGGAAGGCCAGUGGGGCUCACGUCAACCCCGCGGUGACACUGGCCUACCUCGUGGGCUCCCAGAUCUCCCUGCCCCGCGCUGUGGCCUAUGUGGCCGCCCAACUGGCAGGGGCCAUUGUGGGGGCUGCUCUGCUCUACAGCGUCACACCAGGAGACAUCCGAGAGACCCUCGAGGUCAACGUGGUGCAGAGCAGAGUCUCAGCGGGCCAGGCGGUGGCGGUGGAGCUGGUGCUGACCCUGCAGCUGGUGCUCUGUGUCUUUGCUUCCACCGACAGCCGGCAGACGUCGGCUUCCCCGGCCGCCAUGAUCGGGACCUCCGUGGCCUUGGGCCACCUCAUCGGGGUCUACUACACCGGCUGUUCCAUGAACCCGGCCCGCUCCUUCGGUCCUGCUGUCAUCGUUGGCAAGUUCGAAGUCCACUGGAUCUUCUGGGUGGGACCCCUGACAGGGGCUGUCCUGGCAUCGCUCAUCUACAACUUCAUCCUGUUCCCUGACACCAAGACCCUGGCCCAGCGGCUGGCCAUCCUCACAGGCACCUCGGAGACGGAGAAAGUGGAAAUGGUGGAGCCCCAGAAAAACAAACCCCAAUCCAACCCAGGGGACGCCGAAAUGGAGAAUGUGGGUCAGAUAGCAUAGAACCUGGCCCUUGCCGCAGGCUUUUGAGAGGCCUGUGCGUAGGCAGAGUGCCUCGUGUGGCCGGAUUUCAGGCUUUCCGAGGAAAGGGGGGGUGUUUAAGGUGUGUAGGGAGGCUUGGCCUCUUGUCUUAACAGGUUGGGCAGGGGAUACCAAUCCCUCUCCCGGGCAUUACAUUUCUAGAUAGAAUCCGGGGAGCAAAUCUGCUCCGCGUCCUCCUCCUCCAUCUCUAAUGGGACAGCGCAGAGGGAGGCAGGGGGAUUCACGCCAGGGCUCCCGGCUGGUACAGCGGAGGUGACACCAGAUCCCCAGGUCUUGGGGAGAACAGGAGAAUUAGAGCCUCAGUCCCCUUAAAGACUGAGGGCUAAAGGGACCUCAGGGAACCCCAACUUCUUACCCCACCCUUUGGGAGGAGAGGCCAGACUUCCCAGAAGACUCAGGGCUCCUCAGAGGGGUCACUGCCCUUCGGUGUGGUUUGGGGGGGCUAUGGCUCCCCCCUCAGACUGGGGGCUUCUUCAGGACAGAGAUUACCCUUCCAAUAGAUCUUCAUUCCUCACUCGCCCCAAAUGCUCAGGAGAGAACCCCACCCCUGGGAAGAGCUGACACAGAAGAUUUUUUCAGGUUAGCAGAGGGGCAGGAUACGGGCAAGGAAGGUUUGAGCCAACGGGCCUUUUCCUGGGCAAGCUCUUCCGGGUGUUUUCCUGCCUCCCGCCCCCUGUCCCAUUGAUGGGGACAUUCUGAGAGGGGAUGACUCCAGCCCAGCCCAGCCCUCGGUCCAUGUCCUGGGCACAGAAGCUGUCUCCAGCCUCAUUCUCAAAUCUACCAGGGCACCCAAAAGCUGUUGAGUAAGGAUGGUAGGAACGAUGCAGGCAAUCAAGAUUCAGUGCCUCUAAGGAGUCUCGGCUGGUUUGUUGGUUUUUACAAGCUGCUGUAAACCGAUUCUGCCCAUGACCUGGGGUCCUGCCUGGGCCUCAGCUUCCCCGGCUACUGGAUGGGCACAGGCCUCCCCUGGAGACUGCUGUGAAAACAAGAAAUUGGAAAAUGUUUUUGGAAGUAAAAAUGUUAGGAAAACAA